AUGAAAAAGAAAAAAUCACCAGUUUUAAAAUCAAAAUCCGAACUGUAUACUCCGACUAUAAAACCAGGUUGGAUUCUAUUUGCUGUAAUUUAUUUAUUCGGUUGUAUACUCAUAUUUUUUUCUUCAAUUGGGAUUCCGUUACAUUCAAUUGAAAUUCCAAAAUUCACAUUCAAUUUAACUCAGUAUAAACCUACUACAUUAAUAAUGUCAAAAUCAUUUCUUAAAACUUUAUCAGCCAAAUCUGCUUUCCAAUUGGAUCAAGAAUUAAUGUCCACUGGAGAAUUUUCUAUUGAUCAAUUGAUGGAAAUUGCUGGUUUAGCAGUAGCUCAAGUUAUUCAUAAAGAAUAUCCACCUCCAUCAUCUCCAGAAACUAGUAAAAUCUUAGUAUUAGUUGGACCAGGUAACAAUGGUGGCGAUGGAUUAGUAGCUGCUCGUCAUUUAAAACUUUGGGGAAGUUAUGAUCCAAUCAUUUAUUAUCCUAAAAAAUCAACUUCGAAUCCAUUAUAUUCUCGACUUGUUAAACAACUUCAAGAUUUAGAUGUUGAAGAAUUAUCAACUUUAGAUGAAGUCAAGCAUUUACUAGAUAAAAGAAAUUCAGGAAUUUCAAUAAUUAUCGAUGCAUUAUUUGGAUUUUCAUUCAGACCUCCAUUACGUCCACCAUUUGAUGAUUUGAUUGGAUAUCUUUCUUCAAAUAAUGAAAAUUUACCACCUAUUGUAGCUGUUGAUAUUCCUUCCGGGUGGGAUGUCGAUGAUGGUCCUAUAGGUGAGGAUAUUGGUGCCAGUUGUUUGGUAAGUUUAACUGCACCAAAACCAGCAGCACUUAAAUUCAAUGGCGCUCAUUAUUUGGGUGGUAGAUUUAUUAAUCCUCAUAUUGCUAAGAAAUAUGAAAUUGAAGAUAUAAUUGCAAAAUAUAAAGGUGACGAAAUGGUGGUUAAAUUAUAA